AUGGUCAUUGUAGCUGUCGCCGGUGGAACCGGGGGAGUUGGUAAAACAAUUGUUGAAAGCUUGGCGGGGCAUUCCCAGCACCAAGUCAUAGUGUUGACUCGCAGCGUGGACUACGAUGAUAUUCCCUCUCUUGUCCAGGUCCUGGAGCAGCAUGCUAUCCAUACCAUCAUAUCCGCAAUUGGGAUCUUCGAUGCCACGACCAGUCAAUCUCAGUUAAACCUCAUCCAGGCUGCGGAGAAAUCCAGCGUCACAAAAAGAUUUGUUCCUAGCGAGUAUUCUUUUAUUCAAACCAAGGAUCUCCUCCCCAUUGACCCCAGCAUUCAACAUUGGCUCGAUGCCGCUGAGCUUCUCCAGAAAAGCCACCUUCAGUACACGCGGGUCAUACCUGGCUUCUUCAUGGACUACUGGGGCAUGCCUGUGGUGCACACGAAUCUCACGCCCUGCACGUUUGGCAUCAACAUCCAGCACUGUCAGGCUGCCAUCCCAGGCGACGGAAAUGACCGUUUCUGGUCAGAUUACUGGAUGUUGAGAUUACUGGAUGUUGAGGACUGGCCUGAAUUCAGCAUUGUUGUUGGCGACGAGGUCACGUACAAUCAGCUUCUGGAGAUGGCCGAGGAGAUUCGAGGUCAGAAGUUCCAGGUCACUUACGACAGUAAAGAAAGUAUCAAGGACGGUCGGGUUACCAUUCCUCCAAUGCCCGAAGGAAAUCCCUACUCCCCAGAGGAUCUACAAGAGAUGACCGCCUUGGUGAGCCGACUGACGAUAGCCGGUGUUUUCAACCUACCAGAUCAAAAUCGUGUGAACGGCAGAUUCCCUGACAUACAACCAGUAAAGAUGAGGCAAUUCCUACAAGAUGCGUGGAGCAACUACAAAGGGACCAAAUAG